CUUUCCGCCGGCUGGUCCAUCGGCCCGUGUCCGGCCCGCGCUGCCGCGGCCUGGAGCCCAGCGGACCGGACGGGGCGGGAGCGGCCGGGCCCCGGGUGUGUGCGGCCGCCGGAGGCGCUGGGGCCGGUCCGCGGAGAAACGGGGCCCUAACGGCUGACCAGGGAGCAGCCCCCCGGAGCAGCAUGGAUGCCCCCCGAAGAGACAUGGAAUUGCUCAGCAAUAGCCUGGCGGCCUACGCACACAUCCGCGCUAACCCGGAGAGCUUUGGCCUCUACUUCGUGCUGGGCGUCUGCUUCGGGCUGCUGCUCACCCUGUGCCUGCUGGUCAUCACCAUCUCCUGCGCGCCCCGCCCGCGGCCGCGGCUCCUCGCGCGGCGCCGGGACCCCCGGGGCGCCCUGGAGGAGGACGACGACGAGGAAGACGAGGAGGACACCGUGACGCGGCUGGGCCCUGAUGACACCCUGCCCAGCCCGGAGCUGUCCGCGGAGCCCGACGGGACCGUGAGCGUUAACGUCUUCACUUCGGCAGAGGAGCUGGAGCGCGCGCAGCGUUUGGAGGAGCGGGAGCGGAUCCUGCGGGAGAUCUGGCGCACCGGGCAGCCGGACCUGCUGGGCACCGGCACGCUGGGGCCCAGCCCCACGGCCACGGGCACGCUGGGCCGCAUGCACUAUUACUGACCGGGCCUCGUCCACAGCCGGGCGCUCUGGGCACUGGACGUGCACGCGAGCUCAGAGCUGCCGCAGGACCUUCCGGCGGCCCUGCCCGCGGCGCUGUCGGCCCCGCCCCCUCGGCUCCCACGGUGCUACUGGGCGUGAAUCCCCACCCUCUGGGAGGCGCCCUUCCCCGUCCGGCCUGAAGACCCUGGCGGGAGGGCAGGACCCAGGGGCCCCACCCUCGCUCUAGGGGACGGUUAAGAGGUGAAGUGACCAAUGAAAGCUGCGUUCU